CGGGCGGAGGCGCGAGCGGAGGCUGAGUCCGGGAUUCUGGGCUGAGCCGGAGUCUGGGGAAAGCAGAGCCGAGCAAAGCAGACUAGGAUGAGCGGGAAAGAGCCGCUCCUGGGCGCUCUGAAAGUGUGCAUUCUCAAGUUUCAGGAAAGCAAUAGUCCUUACACAGAUACCUGUCCUCAUUUACAGUCCUUUUGUGAGAUCCUGGAAAUGAUUCUUCGGAAAGGAUUAAAACAGCCAGUUCUGGGAUUCAAGAGGAAGGACUAUUGGCACUGGCUAGAGCAGCUUCCACAGCAGGAGACCCAUCACAGUAGGACCCUUCUGUCCAUGAUGAUUGAGAAAACGAGUUCUUGUGAGAAGGUGCUGACAGCUCAAGGAAGAGGGCGGUACUUCCUGCGUCUGGCUUUGAAUGGGAAGUUGUUAGCAGUUGCUGUUCAGCAGCUCAUCAGAACUCCCAGGCUGCUAGAGUGUUAUGAUCCAAUAACAUCUAUCCUAAGCAAUGAAGAAUUUUCAGAGCCUUUCUUUUCCAUGAUGUUGGUGGUUACAGAAAUGAAUUUCUUCUUAGAUUUGCAGAAUUCCAGUUUCUUGGAUGAAAGCUGGCAACUCCCGGUAUGCCAGACGUAUGAAACUGUCCCUUGCCGGGAAUUGGGAAUGGUGUUGAGGUAUUUAGAUGGACGGGUUUUCAUAAUAGAAGUGCUUCCAAAGAGCCAGGCAGAGGUGGAUGAGGUAGUACUAGUUGGAGAUGUCAUUGACGAGAUAAAUGGAUCUUCACUGAGGAAUGCAUGCAAUGGACAGGCUGGUUCAGUACUGCAGAAGCUGAAAGGCAAACCACUAAGCUUUCGGCUAAUCCGGUGGAAAUGGCACGAUGGAGGAAUGUUCAAGCCAUUGUUGCCGUACCUAAAAGUUCUUAGAGAAAAAAUCCCCAGCUUCCAACUCCAACAUGAACACAAACCUAAAGAAGAGAAUGAGGAGCGAAGUUUGCAAGGAGGCAGACUCCUGUACAAUCUGCGGUACUUAGGCCAGGCCAAUGUAGGAAAGUAUGGAGGCAAAGAUAUAUUAGAUGUAGGCAUACCCACGGUGUUAGAUAAGCAUUUACCACAGCAGGAAAUUUUAUUCGAUGUCAAAGAAACCGAAGUAAUUAUUCAACACAAAACUACUUCAAAGGUUCUUUUCCGUUAUUCUUACACAGACAUUUCCUGUGUGGGACGCCUUUUGGAUAGCCACAAUCUCUUUGCCUUCUGUAGCUUAGCUUCACCUGACUCUCCAGAAGAUAGCACAUUCGAUUGCCUAGUUUUUGAGUCAAAUUCUGAAGAGGAAAGUGAGGAAAUCAUCAAACGGAUUGCUGCUGGAUUUAAACAUACAGAGUGGUUUGUCUGACAGACGUGAUGUUCUGCCGCCUCAUUAGCCUGCUAAAGUCUAAUAUCAAUCAGUGAUAUCUUGAUGGGUCAACUCUUGGAUUAUGGAGUCACUUGGUACCGAUUAAAAUCCUGUCCAGAUACAAUUGUUCUAGAUAAAUCAAACAGAAGACUCAACUGCUUUUUCAAAUGUUUACAUUGCCAAUUUUCAAAAUGGAAUAAAAUCAAGCUGA